AUGGAGACCGUAAACGAAAGAAACGGUAGUGAUUCCACAAGUCGACUUCCCAUAUCUACAUAUUCUGUAAAAGCUUCUACAACGGCUUCGACAACCUUAACAACUUCAAAGGCAACCUUUCAAGAACAACCACCGGCCCCUUCUUUGCAACAGCAGUUGCCACCGUUGCAAAAACAAAUAAGACAAGACCCACAACCAUUUGGUUUUGAUAAAAAUGAUGUAUCCACUUAUACUUAUCCAACAGAUAGGUCGGAGGUUACGGUUCUUGAUAUCAAAGCUUUAGUAGAAAGUGCCUUGGAACAAGCAAAAUUUGAUCCAGAAGUUGUUUAUGCCGCUGCCCAAUUAGUGUUGUUAGCUAACCAGGAUCGAAAUAACGGAUACUUCAUCGAUUCCAAUUCAACGGGUAUCUUGGAUGUUACAGCAAAUCGUCCCA